AUGGUAGUAGGGAAUGUGAUUGAUGUCAGAAGCAAGAAGGUGGGAAAAACAGGACGAAAGCCAACAGAAUACACAGAUGAGUUUCUGCAAUCAGCCCCUUUGUACAAUAGCACAACUGAGAGAAGCUAUGGAGCAUCCCUCAAAAUAUCACAUGUCACCAUCCAUAAGUUAAAGAAAAAAGGGAGACUCAAAACACAUACAAGCACAAAUCACCCUGCACUGACAUCCAACCACAAGAUAGCAAGACUGAAAUGGGUGUUAUGUCAUCUACUACCAGCUAAAGAGAAUGGGGACCCUCAGUUUGUGGAUAUGCAGCAAGUAGUGCAUAUUGAUAAGAAAUGGUUCUACUUGAACCCAGACACCAGGAGGUUCUACCUCCUGCCCAAUGAAUCUAACCCUUACAUGUGCCAACAGUCCAAAAGGUUCAAGGUAAAAGGCAUGUUCAUGGCUGCCAUUGGGAAGCCCGUUUUUGACCCCCAAGGAGUAGUAUUACAUGAUGGAAAAUAUGGGAUGUUUCCAUUUGUUUAUGAAAGCACAGCCAAGAAAAAAAGCAAAAACAGGGAGGCUGGUGUUGUGGAAACAAAAGCAAUACAAAAUGUGAACAAAGAGGCAAUCAGGGCAAUGCUGUUGGAAAAUGUGAUUCCUGCCAUCAAAGAUAAAUGGCCAUCCCACCUAUCUAAGGAAAUAUGUAUUCAGUGGGAUAAUGCAAGACCCCAUAAAAUUCCUAGUGAUGAGGAAUUUAAUGCAGCCUGUCAGUCAAAUGGUUUCAAUAUCAAGUUCAUUUACCAACCAGCUUAG